CCAUGCCUAACGCAGAAUGGUAUGCUCUGUUGAAAUGCCUGUGCUGAGUAACUGUGUAGGGGCUCAUUCACAGAGAGCACACACAGGGGAAGGACCUGCACAGGAUUGCUGUAGGUCUGAUCUCUGCAAAUGGUUCUAAAAAUUCCUCUCCGGAGAUCUCUCAGCCUAAGCCCUGAACAUCAGCCUUCUACAGGUCCAGCAGAGAUGACUGGACCCACUGCACUAAAAAUGGAAGCUAAUAUUUUGGUCCUUGGUGCAGAUGGGGUAGGUAAAUCAGGUGAGUGAUCAUUUACCCUUCCCAAAAAUGUUUAUGCCUCUAUACUCUAACUAUGUAAAAUCCAGCUUUGAUACAUAGAAAAAGGAUGUAGUUUGAAAUAGCCAGCACACAUUAAUACAUACACCUGGCCAAAUAUUCCUGUAUUACAGACCAGUCAUCCAUCCCAUUGUGCUUGACUUCUGACUAUGUUAGUGCUAUAUAACUGAUUGUGAUAAUAACUGUAUUUAACAUAUUGCCAACCAUUUAUCAUUUAGACAUUUUCUCAAUACUAAAGCUACUCUAAAAUGACUUUCCUCAGUCUGGCUGAGCAUGGUGUGAGUUGUAAAACAUUAUGGUAUGCAAAAGAAAUGGGACUGCUAUGUGUACUAUGUACUUGGCUGGACAGGAGGAUUGUUGUUACUGUAUGGUGAUAAUUAUAGGAAUGAUUCAAAUUGCUGCCAACACUUGUUGAUCUCAUGGUUGCAUUACUUGGUUCGCAAAUUUUUUUUAACCUCUUUUUUUUUUUUUACCUUCUUUUUCAGCUUUAACUGUUCGCUUUUUAACUAGACGGUUUAUUGGCGAAUAUGGGGAACUUGGUGAGUAUAAACAAAAUAUAAUGUAAUUUGCAGUCAAAUUGCUAUUAUACAUAACAUGGUCUCUCCAGCUAUGUUAUACUGUGGGUUGAGUCACAUCAGCCCAGCAGCACAGGGAGACUGUAUGGCUUUAUUUCUCUGUUGAUUUAGUUAGACAUAAUUUAUUCUGCAAUUACAGUGGGGUUACACAUGUCGGGGAUCAAAUACUGCAUUUAUGCAAUAAGGAAAGACAGCCAGUUUGAAGCAUAAUCUCUAAUUCUGCAAAAUUCUUAUUUUUAUUCUAUUUUUAUCAAUGUUUUGCAAGUCAGUUCCCAAGACACCACAACUCUCUUUCAGUGAAUAUGUCCCAAAAGAUCGUUAUUUACUUUGGUUCUUGGAAAAUCCAAUGCAAAAAAUGCACCGUAUGUAUUAGUUAAUUGUAUUAUGACUAAUACAAUCACAAUAUUAUUAAAAUAAUGUGCAGAUUUUCACGCACUUGCCUCUGUUUUACACAGGAACAUUUCAGAAGCAAUACCGCAGAGAUAAAAUGUAUAGUUACCAAAAUUAUAAAACUUCUACUUUUAUUUGGAAUUUGACCAAUUAUCCAUGUGGUAGUUGUACUAAAGGCAUACUAUCGUUCUCUCUGCUCACCCUCCCACUAGGCACAGAAAGGAUUAAAAAAAAACAUUUUGACACUUACCUGAUUCCAGCGUUGAUGUCCCUCGGCGCUGGGUCAGUGCUCCGUCUCAUCCGAGGGUGGGGGCCUAAUGCGCAUUGGAUCAAUUCUUUUCUAUGGGGAUUUCACUGAUGUUGGACGUCCUCAUGCAGAGUGUGGGUAUCUCCAGCGUCAGUUAGGCCACCUAAAGUCUAGUGAAAUCCUGGAAGCGCCUCUAGUGGCUGUCUGGUAGGCCGCCACUUGAGGCAGUCUAGGUACUGCAAUGUAUUUAUUGCAGUUUUUCAAAAACUGCAGUGAUUUACAUUGCAUGACUAAGUGAGACAAGGACACAGCAUCCAGACAACUUUAAUGAACUGAAGUGGUCUGAGUGCCUAUAGUGUCCCUUUAAGCUACGCUUAGGAGCUGGUUAAAUUCUGGAAUCUUAAGGUGCUGUUGCUUAGAAGGCAUAGGUUUUAUGUAGGGUAGUGUAUACCAACAUUUUUAGUGAGUAGGCCUCACUCUAUAACGAUAAUUAUUGAAGAGUAUUGUAACCAUACUUUACAGUUUUAGGGGCUGUCACUUAUCUUACUGAAACCUUACAGGGUUAUUCACUAAAAUGAGAAAUGCCAAGAAUUCAAAGUCAAUUCCCAAUUUAAGGCAAAGGUAGCCUUAAAUUUUAAAUUCACUAAAUUCCUUACUUUAUUGAAUAACCCUGUAAGAGUCUAAUUGCAUUUUUGUUUAAAAUUAAUGUUUAAACCAACGUGUCUUCCCUGUUACUGUAAAGGGACUAUGAAAGGUAUAGCGGUUAUAUGAUUCCAUAGUAUGGUGCUGGAAAAGUAUACAUCCACGGUUCUUUCUUACUUUUGUCUAAAUGGCCUUCUGUCUGUCAGUAUGAUGAAUCUGUUUUGCGGGUUCACUUGUGGAUGAAAGGGAACCAAAAUCAUAACAGAAGCCGUCUUAAGUGAAUACUUUUGAUGCGCUCACAAAAGAUUGCAUGCAUACGUCAACAUAACGUAUAAAGAAUUUUACACAUUUUGAGCCUUACAAGCAUUGUUAAUAUCUGUUGGAAUUUAGUUUCUUCUCUGUGUAUAGCCCAACUGUUCAUGAUAAUGUGGUCUAUAUAACCAAUGUUAAGUGCGCACGUGCGUGUGUAUUUAAUCCUACCAUCAACGUUUCCAUGCUCAGAACAAUGCCCACUACCUUAAUUGUCAGAAAUAGGGGUUUAUUCACUAUUUAAAAAUGUAUACAAAAAUCCAGAUUUGGUAUUACAAAUUUUUUUUAAAAUGGGCGGAGCUGAUAUAAAGUUUCAUUUCUGUUGCUAAGCUAAUUUACUCACAAUCCAUUAGUCAAAAGAAUGCCACAGAAGAACAAACUGCAGUCUUCAAGGGUAGAAAAGAACAAAAUGGAGGAGUCCUGGUAUUGAAAUCUGGCUCAAUAAAGGAAAUAUAGUUAUUAGAAAUAAAAGCAUGUGACAAUGAAGGAGUAUAACAAUUAGGAUACAAGGGACAUAAAGAAAGGAAAACUGAAAGAAAGAAAAAACCAUGUCAGUGGCACUUUGACUAGAAUUUGGUGUUUACUGAAUUAACCUCAGUAUAAAUUAUUUGCAGCAUCAUAGUAACAUGAUAUAUAAUAAAGUUUUGGAAUUGUUACUGUACCAUUGCCAGAAACCAUUACUGACAUCAUAGUGUUAAAUGAACUGUACCCAUCAUUCAUGGCAUUUUAUAUUAAUGUCAUAAUACCGCUAUUUUUAGACAAUGAAGUUCAGGCAAUUUAAAGAUGAUAUCUAAUUAACUUAGGCACUGGAAGAUAACAUAAUUUAUCCAGGUUCCAAAUGGAAACCGACAGCCAUCCUAAUGAAAUAAAGCCAGUCUUUUAAAGUGAUCAAAAGCAGAUGUAGCCUAUGAUGCAGCUAAAUUCUUGGAUGGGACCACAACAUGUUGACAAAUAUUAUAUAUGUGUUUCACUGUUAAGUUUAUAAAAGCAAGAACCACACACUUUUUUUUUAAAUGUUAUUUAUUAUUUAUUUAUUUAUUUUUGGGCUAAUCACUUAUUUACAUUGGGAUAUAUUCACUCAAUUGUGAGUCUUAGUGUGAAAAUAAAUAUUUAAAAAGCUGACUUUGAAAAGAUCUCCAAAUUCUGCAGAUUCAUAACAACUCACUGUUGAAAAAGCCCAUAAUUAAUUGUUAGUUUAGAUAAGGGGCUUCCUUAAAUGGACAAUACAGGCACCAAAACAACCUAAUCUAAAUUAAGUUGUGAUGGUGCCAAGAGGCCUCUGGAGCACUGUUCGAGAACACUUUAACUGUGGUAAGUGCCUCCAGAGGCCACCUGGCACCAUAACAACUUAGUUUAGAUUAAGUUGUUUUGGUGCCUGAAAUGUUCCUAUAUUUUCUAGGUGAUGGCAGACUAUAUUUCCCUAAUGCCCUAUCAGUGGUUUGCUGUGAUGAUUUUGAUGCAACAAGAAAUUGCGACUAAGUCUGACUACUCUACUACUUUUUUUUUUCUUGCAGAAUCUAUAUAUAGCCAUAAUGUAACUGUGGAUGGAAAGGAAGUACUAUUUAAUAUUUGGGAUUAUCCAUAUUCAAAGGUGAGUGUUUUUUACAUAAUUGCCAAAUUUUAAAGACCAAGGCUUUUGAUUAACAUACUGUUUGAUAGAAACAUAGAAUGUGACGGCAGAUAAGAACCAUUCGGCCCAUCUAAUCUGCCCAAUUUUUUAAAUACUUUAAUGCUCCCUGGCCUUAUCUUAUAGUUAGGAUAGCCUUAUGCAUAUCCCACACAUUCUUAAAUUGGGUCUGCUCAUGUCAAUUGCUAGAAUCUUGUGCUUUAUUUAGUUUAUAUACACAAGAAGCACAAAGCAAGAUACGUUUUGCAAUAGUAAGUCUGUAUCUGUUCGAAGGUUGAGCUACACAGCAUGAUUUAACAUGACAAACACAUUCUAAAAUGAACAAAACACUAUCAUAUCAUUAACUCACUGUAUGUGUUGUAAAAUGUGUAUCUUGGUCUGGCCAUAAUUUGCAUACAUUGUAAUUAUUGCAUCCUCAAAGCCAACGUUAAAACAUGAAAUCAGCUUUGGUUGUUGGAAAGGGGAAAGUUGUUUACAUUUAAUAAGGCCCCUGUUUAUCCUGCAUACCACCAUUGCAUCACUUCUUCUUACUUUGGAUGGCAAAAUAACAUUUUCCUUCCUUAAAGAAACUGAUGUAUACCUGCAUACGAUGCAAGCUGGGACUUGUAUUUUUUCGUUCUAUUAAAAAAGGAACAGCUUUUAUGCAACACCCAGCAUGUAUGUUCGUGCGAGCAUUGACGAGGAAAUAAGAACAUAAUUGAUACAAUCAGUUAUAUAACACGAGUGUAUUUUUUCUCUAAGAGCUGCCCAAAUUAUAUACUUAACCACUGACUGCAUAAAUUGUCACAUUUGUGUUAAUACAUCUAUUUAGCCAUAAUCACUGACUUUGUUAGUUCCAAAGAAAACUACUUUUUUAAGAUAAAGGUUUUAAGCUGCUGUCCUAUAAAGAUUUUGCAUUUUUAUUAUUGUCUAUAUUUAUAUCCUUCUGUAUCUAUUAGAAUACAAUGCUGUAUUUAGUUUGUGGUUACACAAACUUUAAAACAUUUAGUUCCUGGUUACACAAAUGUAUUGUGCUUUGUCAUUCAGAGGUGUGAUGCAGGAUAUUCAAAGGUACUGAAGAGAGAGCAUUGUGAGUGAAUGAGGUACUGAUCUGUUUAGCCUCUUUUGUGGACAUUUACUUAUUUGUAAGGGGGACCACGCACACCUGUUUAGAAGAGGGGUCAGUGAACUCACAUUAAACUAAAACUGAGUUUUCAGUACUAUAAUGAUUGUGUUGAUGUUUGAAUGCUGGAAUGUAUGUACAUGUCCACAGAUACACAUUCUCACUGAGAUACAGACAUACACACACACACACACACACAGUGACAUCCACAGUCACAUAUACCUAUACAUACACACACUUUGCAAUUUAAAUAUUUUUAGCCAUUCCUCUGCUUCUGUACCUUUUGGGUGCAGGAGGGUGCCUUCCCUGGGCUCCAGUGGGAUCUGGCUGAGCCUGAAGGGAGCCUGAGGCUGUCCAGGAUCUCUGUUUGCUUUUUCUCCUCUGUGCCUCCUUAGGCCCCCGAGGUCUGCAAGCUGGGAGGAAGUGACUAGUAGUCACUUCCUCCCAGCACUGCCGAUACUAUAGGAAACUGGUCACGUUGUUAAAGGGCUGCAGCACCCAACCAGGGCCCUUCUUAGACCUGCCGCUCAGGUUUGCCCUUCGUUUGACUACCAGAUGGGCCCCCAAUGCCAGCAGGGCCUGGUGUAGCCACACCGGUGGUAGUACAGCCGCUGGUACCCGUCUAUGCCAACAGGUGGAAGGGACAGCUGCUAUGGACCCCUGUAAAUUAUGGGGCCCAUGGCAAUUGCCUCUUUUGGCCUGCGGUAAAGACAACUCUGCCUGACUGUCUCACACAGAAUAAUAUUUUAUCUGUAUAUUUGCCACCAAUGUGGCUACAACACUUACAACUAAAAAUGUAUUUUUAUAAAGAUCAUUUUAUGAUAACUCUCUUGAAAACCAUUGGCCUGUAUAGUCUUUCCUGCUCCUAUGCAGGGAGUGAAGCAGAGAAACCCAUAGAGAUUAAAUUACUGUUUUCAAACAUUGUCUGACCCAAGGUAUAGCUAUACAGGGAGUGCAGAAUUAUUAGGCAAGUUGUAUUUUUGAGGAUUAAUUUUAUUAUUGAACAACAACCAUGUUCUCAAUGAACCCAAAAACUCAUUAAUAUCAAAGCUGAAUAUUUUUGGAAGUAGUUUUUAGUUUGUUUUUAGUUAUAGCUAUGUUAGGGGGAUAUCUGUGUGUGCAGGUGACUAUUACUGUGCAUAAUUAUUAGGCAACUUAACAAAAAACAAAUAUAUACCCAUUUCAAUUAUUUAUUAUUACCAGUGAAACCAAUAUAACAUCUCAACAUUCACAAAUAUACAUUUCUGACAUUCAAAAACAAAACAAAAACAAAUCAGUGACCAAUGUAGCCACCUUUCUUUGCAAGGACACUCAAAAGCCUGCCAUCCAUGGAUUCUGUCAGUGUUUUGAUCUGUUCACCAUCAACAUUGCGUGCAGCAGCAACCACAGCCUCCCAGACACUGUUCAGAGAGGUGUACUGUUUUCCCUCCUUGUAAAUCUCACAUUUGAUGAUGGACCACAGGUUCUCAAUGGGGUUCAGAUCAGGUGAACAAGGAGGCCAUGUCAUUAGAUUUCCUUCUUUUAUACCCUUUCUUGCCAGCCACGCUGUGGAGUACUUGGACGCGUGUGAUGGAGCAUUGUCCUGCAUGAAAAUCAUGUUUUUCUUGAAGGAUGCAGACUUCUUCCUGUACCACUGCUUGAAGAAGGUGUCUUCCAGGAACUGGCAGUAGGACUGGGAGUUGAGCUUGACUCCAUCCUCAACCCGAAAAGGCCCCACAAGCUCAUCUUUGAUGAUACCAGCCCAAACCAGUACUCCACCUCCACCUUGCUGGCGUCUGAGUCGGACUGGAGCUCUCUGCCCUUUACCAAUCCAGCCACGGGCCCAUCCAUCUGGCCCAUCAAGACUCACUCUCAUUUCAUCAGUCCAUAAAACCUUAGAAAAAUCAGUCUUGAGAUAUUUCUUGGCCCAGUCUUGAAGUUUCAGCUUGUGUGUCUUGUUCAGUGGUGGUCGUCUUUCAGCCUUUCUUACCUUGGCCAUGUCUCUGAGUAUUGCACACCUUGUGCUUUUGGGCACUCCAGUGAUGUUGCAGCUCUGAAAUAUGGCCAAACUGGUGGCAAGUGGCAUCGUGGCAGCUGCACGCUUGACUUUUCUCAGUUCAUGGGCAGUUAUUUUGCGCCUUGGUUUUUCCACACGCUUCUUGCGACCCUGUUGACUAUUUUGAAUGAAACGCUUGAUUGUUCGAUGAUCACGCUUCAGAAGCUUUGCAAUUUUAAGAGUGCUGCAUCCCUCUGCAAGAUAUCUCACUAUUUUUGACUUUUCUGAGCCUGUCAAGUCCUUCUUUUGACCCAUUUUGCCAAAGGAAAGGAAGUUGCCUAAUAAUUAUGCACACCUGAUAUAGGGUGUUGAUGUCAUUAGACCACACCCCUUCUCAUUACAGAGAUGCACAUCACCUAAUAUGCUUAAUUGGUAGUAGGCUUUCGAGCCUAUACAGCUUGGAGUAAGACAACAUGCAUAAAGAGGAUGAUGUGGUCAAAAUACUCAUUUGCCUAAUAAUUCUGCACUCCCUGUAUGGCUGAAAGAUCCUUUCCUAUACUGAAGAUGGGGAUAAGUUUUUCCUACUUUUGUUUACAUAAACUUCCUUUUAAAAAAAAACAACUAAACUAUUUCCUUUAAAAUUUACUUAAUGAAUUCUAUAAAAAAAAAUGCUUUAAGGCGACAGUUGUCCUUUAUGAUGUUUUUUUAUGUAUUGUAAAUUUCAGGACUGUUGUUAACUUUACUUCUGAGAACUAUAUACCUGUAUCAGAACGUGCUUAAAAUCCAUUUUUAUGAAUGAUAUGGUAAAUGAAAAGAAAAAUAUGCUUUUGGGAUGAAAGGAGAAUGUGAUCUUAAGAUCAGUAGUGUACUUCAGUGCUUUAGCAGCUCGACUGGCCCCCUUCUAGUCCGCUGGCAGGAAGUGAGAGCCGGUUACUUCUUCCCAGCUGAUAUAGAUACAGCCAGGGGGCCAGCACGGGAGAGGAGCAAGCCUCCAACUCCAAACAGCCCCAGGCAGUGGAAGCCACCCCCUCCCCCUCAGCACCACAAUGGUAGGAAACUGGAGACUUGAACUUUAUGUGUGUUUUGGGUGUCUGUAUGUAGUGUGUAUCUGUAUGUGUGUCAGUGUAUAUGCGUGUGUGUGUGUGUGUGUUUAUAUAUAUAUAUGUAAGUGUGUGCAUCUGUAUGUCUGUUUAUCUGCAUGUGUGGCAGUGUUUGUGUCAAUAUGUGAAUCAGCAUGCAUGUAUCUGUAUGUGUCAGUGUGUGUAUAUGUAUGUGUGUGACCAUGCACGUGUGUAUCAGUGUGUCUGUGCAACUGUAUGUGUUUCUGUGCAUUUGCAUGUGUCAAUGUUUGUUCCUGUGUGUCAGUGUUUGUAUGUAUCUAUCAAUGUAUCUGUAUGUGUAUCAGUGUGUAUGUGUAUCCAUGUUUGCUUUUGUGUCAGUGUUUGUAUCUGUGAUUUUGUGUGUGUAUUUGCAUGUAUGUUUGUCAGUGUUUGUAUCUGUGUGUUUUGUGUGUGUGUGUGUCUAUCUGCAAAGUGAAAAGCAGCAAGAGUCUGGAGAAGCAGUGGGAGCCUGAGGCAGAGGAGAAACAGGGGAAAAGCCUGUGGUAGAGGAGAAACAGGGGAGAUGGGGCAGAUAAAAAUGUAUACAUUUGAAGAAAAAACAACAAUAUUAUUAAUAACAUUUUGCUAAUAUGGGGGGUACAAUUUAUGUAAAUGGGCUGCCAAGGGGUACGCGAGAUAAAAAAAAAAUGGGAUCCACUGUUCUAAAUUAUACUGUCAGCUAACAUAUAUGGUUUCUAUAGGUCAUAAAUUAAUUUGAUGUUCUUACUAAUAGUCUUCUUACUACCCUUUUGCCUCACCUCCUCAAAUGAAAAUGCCUGUCUGGCCAUUUUAAGAAAAUAAAGGUAUAAUUGCAGAAUUAGGUUUUUCAGCUUCUCACUUGCUAUUCUUGUGUUGUCUAGGAUCCAACGGAUGAAAGUUGCGCAGAAGAAGAAAAACGUAUCCAGUGGGCCGAUGGAUUUGUUCUUGUGUACAGUAUCUGUGACAGAGCAAGUUUCAAUGUCAUCUGUCAAACAAUUCAGCUUAUCAAGGCUGCCAAAGACUGUAUAGGUCCAGAGAAGCUACCUAUUGUGAUUGUAGGCAACAAGCGUGAUCUGCAUCACUUACGCAAUGUAUCAAGCGAGGAAGGGAGGCUUCUGGCCCUGUCUAUGGACUGCGACUUUUAUGAGGUUUCAGCAGCCGAAGCUUAUCAUGGUGUUUUGAUGGUUUUCCAUGGCUUGGUGGACAAGAUUAAAGAGUCAAAGCUUGUUACAAAGAGAGGAACAGGAAUACGAGGUAUCGUAAAGAGCAUGUCAGCUGUGUUUGCCAGGAGAAGAACAGACUCUCUCUAAUAUCUAAAAAAAUUGGCUUGCCAUUGUUGAUGCGAAACACAAGUUUAACAUUUGGGAUCUGUGACUUUAUAUUGCAAAAUUCUGUCUAAGUGGAUCUUACUUCUAUGCCAUUUGGAUAUGUAUAUAGUGCUACACCUAGAUACCUGUGUCUGUAUAGUCUUCAGUUCACUACACUGAUCAUUAAAGUUCUUCUUUCGUGGUGCAUUAGUUAAAUACAUUUUUUGUGAUUCCACUUAAAAACUGCCACAAGUGCUUUAUUAUUGUAAAAUAUUUCCAUUUUCAUUGUUCUGUUUUGACCAGUGAUUGUGUUCCUGACACUAUAGUGUUUUUAAGGUGGUUCCAUAUUAAAAUAAAAUACCUAUGUAUUCCUUGCACUCAAUGCAAGUGAAAAAUGUAAAUAAAAUGAAAGAUUUUUUGUUUUAGAAUGUGCCAUUACCUCCAAAGUGACCGCACACUGUAACAUCUUUGUCCUAUACAUGACUACUAAAAUUAUUUCUGCAAAACAAUCACAGUUUGUAUUUUCUAAUCAACAAGAAAGGAGAAUGUUUGCUCUUAAUUUUCCAAUGUACUGUGCAAUCCCUUCUGCACGUUCAUUUCCAUUGUGAUUUAGCGUGUACAUUAAUGUAAAAUAUGUACAUAUUUGCUUGUAUAUUUGUAAGUUGUUUUAUGUCCCUCCACUUAACAUGAGCAAACAUAGUUGUUUUGCUUAGUGAGCUUUUUUGGGGUGCAUCUGUAAAUAAUGACAUAAACACGUCUGUAUUAAAGUUGUAUGUAUGAGUUAUUCAGUAGAAAAAUAAAUGUUCUCAGUAAAUUCCUGUAA